GCAACCAAACUUAAACCGGGAAAUGUUAAGUUUGACGCAAGAGUAGAACAAAAUUAACCAGUGCUGCCAUUGCAUCAAUUGGGUCAGUAUUUUUGUUAAACUAACCAACAAAAUGCCUGCUACUUCUGACAUACACACAGCGGCACCUUGUAACAACGAAGAGCCAAAGAAAGCAGAUAGUCAGGUGGGACAAAGUUCGUUCUCUCUCUUUUGUGAUGAACGCGGGUAUCUGAAUCAAUGUGAAUACAUUUUGCAACACGGACAUCGAAAGGGAGACCGAACAGGAACGGGGGUCAUCUCUGUUUUCGGAUCACAAGCGAGAUACAGUCUCCGGGAUCAGUUUCCUUUGCUGACGACGAAAAGGGUUUUCUGGAAAGGAAUUCUCGAAGAACUACUGUGGUUUAUCAAAGGCUCAACAAAUGCCAAGGAGCUCUCAGAGAAAGGGGUGAAGAUCUGGGAUGCAAAUGGUUCUAGACAGUACCUGGACAAAAUGGGGUUCACAGACCGGGAGGAGGGAGACUUGGGACCUGUGUAUGGUUUCCAGUGGAGGCACUAUGGUGCAGAAUACAGCAAUAUGCACAAAGAUUACGCAGGACAAGGUGUGGACCAACUACAGAAGGUUAUUGACACUAUCAAGACUAAUCCAGAAGACAGGAGAAUCAUCAUGUGUGCAUGGAACCCCAAAGACCUGCCCCACAUGGCGCUGCCCCCCUGCCAUGCCCUGUGCCAGUUCUAUGUAAUUGACGGGGAGCUGUCGUGCCAGCUGUACCAGCGCUCGGGGGACAUGGGCUUGGGAGUGCCCUUCAACAUCGCCAGCUACGCCCUCCUCACCUACAUGAUCGCCCACAUCACAGGACUCAAGCCUGGUGACUUUGUGCACACUCUGGGAGAUGCUCACAUCUACAGUAACCAUGUCGAACCCCUCAAAGUGCAGCUCCAGAGAGAGAUUCGGCCCUUCCCCAAGCUGAAGAUCCUCCGGACGGUUGAGAUAAUAGAUGACUUCCGUGCAGAAGACUUUGAGAUUGUUGACUACAAUCCCCACCCCACCAUCAAAAUGCAGAUGGCAGUUUAAAUGGGCUUCAAUUAACUAAUAUAUGGGUGGAGGUUGUCCUUUUUAAUUGAUUUAAAUAUUCAGGUACAGUGUCUACCUAUGUUGCCUUUUUUUUUAUUUUAUUUUUUUAUUUUUUUUAGAAUUUAUACAUUUAGUUGACUUGUUAAUUGGCACAGAGCCUUGGAAACAUGUUCCAUAUUAAACAAUUUAUUGCAACAUAACAUGGUAACAUCCCUUUUUAGAAAAAGGCUAAAUGGAAUCAACUCUUUAUUUUGUGCAAUGAUAACCAUUGAAAUGCCUAGAUGUGACAAGAUGAUUUUCUGUCAAGUAGUCUAACAAUGAGGGCUGGCACUUUCUGUGCUCAAUUGACAAAUCAAAUUUAACUGCCUCUUCUUCCUCAAAGUAGUGAUUAGAACCAAAGUUUCAAGAACGUUGUAGUGGGAAAUUAAAGUAGUACUUAAUGACUUGAAAUUGAUCAUGUGAUUGCACCAUAGACGGUAAUUAAUCUUUUAUGUCUUUAACAGUGAGUACAAGCGCAGUUUGGUCAGGGUAUUUGAGAUGCCAUCCUUCCUGAUGGGCCAGGGGUGCAUCUCAAUAAGCUAAAGUGGUUUUCAUCCUUGCUGAUAAGAUAUUGAGAUGUAUUCCCCAGCGCUUCGGGGUGAAGUUUCCACUGGAUACAGAUCUAGGAUCAGCUUACACUCCUCCAGUCAUAACCUUCAUCAUUAGUGGGGAAAAUGAAUAAUGGACCCAAGAUCCACUUCUAGGGGCAACUUCACCCUACUCCACAUUCCUCACUGGUCCAGGAGCUUCUUCCACACUUCCGAGGGUAUCAGUGUCUCUGCACUGACGACUCCAACAUCUCACAGGAGUAGCCUGGAUCCUGAUGGAACAAUGACCAACAGAAACCAUGGGCAAGACUCAAAAGAUCCACAGUAUUUUAAUUCAUGACACUCAUACCACAACACCAGAUCAUUGUGAUUAAAACGUACCUUGGGAGGCAUGUAGUGGGCGUUCUGAAUCACAACAUGACUUAUAAAGUGCUCACGGAGGUGGUCCACAAAUUCACACAUCCUGAGAAAGAUUGGAACAGAUUUCAUUUCAGCCCCUGACCUCAGGUCAAAUAAUAAUUACACAGUUAUAAUCACAUGGACUUGAAGUAAUUAUGGGGGUCAUGGUUAUAUUGUAUAUGUAUACUGUAUGUUUUAUGUCAUUGUGGCUUGAAUAUUAACCUAAGUGACCGAGUGAAAAGAAGGAAGCCUGUACAUAAUAAAAAAUAUUCCAAAACA